CUCAGACAGUUGCUGGUAGCGAAACAGUACUGAUAGUAGCUUCACUACAGGUGAAAGUAUCCUUUGGCAACUUUACUUCUGAGAACUGCCUCUCCAACACAAGCCAGCGAGUACAUUAAAAUUAAAGUUUUCCUUCUCCCAAUGGCAUCGUCUGCAAUGAUCACCGUCCCCACCACCGCUUCCCGUUUUGCCUUGCUGCAGAUAGACUCGGACUCGGACUCGGACACAUCCGAGCCUGGGAAGACCAGCACAAAGAGCGGACGGGAGUCCUCCGGCAAGACACGGCAAGGGAAGGCAGGGGCAUCCGGGGGGAAAGCCGGACAGGGAAACGACAAAAAGAAAGACAAGAAGAAGAAGAAGAGAGAACAGCAGCAGAGCGAAGCAAACGAGUUGAGGAACCUGGCCUUCAAGAAGAUUCCUCAGAAGUCUUGUGCCCCCCCUCAGUGUAUGACACUGUCAGGAAUAGCAAGUGAACUUCUCAAUCCAGCAUCAGUGGACAAUGGUAUACCUUCAGAAGGGUGGCAGCAAUGGAAGCAGAGGGAUGAACAGAUGACGACUGAGCUGUAUGAGGCUGACUUGGAGAAGGCCUUGAUUCUUAGUAAAUUAGAGUAUGAACAACAGAAAGAGAAUAGCACAAACACAUCCUCACCAAAAUCAAGAGGAGGGAAAGAAGGUGGAGGGAAGAAGGAGAAGAAGAAGAGCCAGCAGGCAAAAGACAAAAAGACAGUUUCUCUACAGGAUUUCCAAGCAGAAGGCAGUGUAGAUUUGAAUAAGAAACAAGACAAAGAGGAAGCCCGAGUGGCUAACCCAGCUUUAGGAAUCAGGCAAGAGGAGCGUUUUUUUAAUAAAGUGGAGGAUGACGUAAAUCGGAUCAUCCAACGGGAAAAAAGACGAGAGCAGUACUCGAACAGCCAAGGCCAAGAAGUCAACACCUCUACAGAACAUGAACCGGAUCCCAGAGCAGAGCAGCUGAAGUAUGAACUGGAGAAGAAAGACCAGGAGAUCGAUAAACUAAAGAAAACCAUCUCACAGUGGGAGGUGAAGUAUAAAGAGGUGAAAGCAAGGAAUGCCCAGCUCCUUAAAAUGCUCCAACAGGGGGAAAUGAAAGAUAAAGCCGAAAUCCUUCUACAAGUAGAAGAGCUGCUUCAUAUAAAAGAAGAACUGUCAGCACAAGUCACAUUAUUACACGCUGCUCUUGAACAGGAGAGGUCUAAAGUCAAAGGCCUCCAAAUGGAACAGCCAAAACAUCAGGGAAACAAGAAAGGGAGAAAGGGCUCUGAGAUGGAAUUAUGAAGGUUUCAAAAGGAAAACACUUGAACAAAAUUUAAAAAAAUGAAUGAACAAAUGAAGAAAAUCACUACUGAUGAUUAUCAGGGUUCUCUUUAUUUUUGUUUUGUUAUAUUUUCUCGGUAUCUCUGUUAGAAAGAAACGCAUGUCGCCCCAAACAUACAAAUGUAGAAGGCAAUAAAUCCACUCCAGAUAUUGCAGGAUGUAUUAAACAUCCCAAAGUCAAAAGCUUUUGAGAAUGACUAACUAUUUUACUUAGGGUAACAUUACCUCAAAUAUUGUUUUAUGUUAUAUUUAGUUAUUGUUCCCAAAUAUAACACAAUUAUCAUUUGAGAAGAUAAUUUGGCGCCUGUCGGUGCCAUCUGCAGGCACAUGAAUGCCAGUACAUCUACUGUUAAAGGCUCUGAGGCUGUUUUUUUUUUUUUUUUUCUUUUCUUUUUUUUUUUCUUUUUUGUGUGUAUGUGUGGGUUUAAAUGCCAAAAUGACAGAAGUGAAAUGUAUGGUUUUGAUUGUUUUUCUUUCUCACUGUUAAGUAAAUAAACUACUUUUUCAGUGAAAA